CGGAACUUGGUCCCAACUUCUAUCACUUUGCCUUUAUCAGCCCUUCUCUAUCAACUCUACGGCGCCUUUCCACCUGCCCCCCUUGCUACUUCCUUCUCGUCAAUCUCGCCAGUUAUCCAGUAUGUGACGGCAAUCAUGCCUGGCAACUUCGGACGCAGGUUAUACUCCAAUUUUUGGGCAAGAACAAGCCCUUUUUUUGGACUGGGACAACAGACAAGUCGUACUCUUUUUUUCUCCGAUGCAGCAAAUCUGAAUGGUUAUGUUCAUGGCUUUUUAGCCAGGCAACAGUUUCGAGGGGCGUCGACAAUACCGCCACGGCGAACGACUCAGAUUACCCGACGAUUUGCUUCCGGGGGCUUUUUUGUCCUUGGAUUCUCUCCAAAUUCUGCGGCGGUGGAAACCGGAACCACCUGUGCUAUCACUCCGGAAAAGAUAAUUUCGCAUCGAAACUAUCAAUUCGACCGCAAAUUCUUUCGGGGACUUUCGCGGACUGUAUCGAAGCGGCAGUUGCACACCAAGGAUGACGGCUCGAAACCAAAAGCGCAGAAGGACUCCGUAAACUCGGAGAAUGGCGAGACCCUCAAAUCACAGAUCAGUGAAAAAGAUGCCCACUUGCAGGUCCCAUUCUCCAAGCAGGCGAUAAAUGAGCAGACUCCAGGGGGGGCAUCAAAUCGACAUUUGAUGGAUCGUUUACCACACAUGUCACAGCUCCAUCGACCUACAAAGGAGGAACUCUUGGCCGCAGCCAAUGGCUUCUGGUCUAGGCUCAAAGUACGCUUCAAGUGGUUCUCAAUCCGUAGCGUGCGACCCUUCAAUCUCGACGAAAUAACAGCUCUUUUUUCGUGGGUGCUGUUGGGCCAUGUGCUGUGGAUUGUCCUAGGGACCACGACAUUUUUCUCUUUGCUCAUUCUUGCAAUCAACACCGUCCUGGCUCAGGAAACGCUUGCUGGUUGGAUAGGCAAUUACCUUACAAGGUCUUCCGGUGUGAAGGUAGUGUUUGAAUCUGCAAUUGUUCCCCGAUGGGGGGACGGUGUCAUCACCUUUAAGAACGUUUUCGUCUCAAGACGACCAGGUCAAGGUACUGGCCAUGUUAGUAAAGGCUCCUCGAAAACUGCUGCUGCCGUGGCCGCAGCCGCGGCUCUUAAUGAACCACCCAGCCCCGAUACAGCGGAACAGCGACCGUUGUCUGAUGAAGAGGAUACAAAUUACACACAGUUCGAUUUGUCGAUCGAGACCGUCAACGUUACGCUGUCGUUCACGAAAUGGAUCAAUGGCAAAGGCCCUCUUCGUGAUGUCGAAGUAAAGGGGAUACGGGGAGUAGUGGACCGUAGGCAUGUCUACUGGCCAAAUGUUGACUUGGACCCUAAAUCCUACCGGCAUGAGCACAACCCCGGCGACUUCGAGAUUGACUCAUUCAAGAUGAACGAUGUCCUGGUCUCAGUUUACCAGCCGGAUAAUUUUAGACCAUUCUCCGUUAGCAUAUUUUCCUGCGAUCUUCCGCAGCUGAGAAAGCAGUGGCUUUUCUAUGAUUUCAUGUCUGCUAAUAUGAUGUCGGGGUCUUUCGACAACUCUUUGUUCACCAUUCAUCCUCGCCAAACCCACAGUUUCACCGGCGCACGGUUGGGUGGCGAGGAUGACGGGGAUGGCAAACCAAACCCGUGGAAGAAACAUAGCAGGAUUCGCAUCGAUGGGCUAAAUAUUGACCAUCUGAACCGUGGGGUACAAGGCCCCUUUUCUUGGAUUCACGAAGGAACGGUCGAUAUCGUGGCCGACAUUAUGUUCCCGGCCGAAAAUGAUGAAAGCCUGACCAAGGUGGUGACCGAUCUGUACGAUCGAUUGGAGGCCACUGUAACAUCCAACCGGUAUGACGACUCGGGCUUGCACAGUGCCGAUGCGACUGGUGAGCCCGGGGACAGCGAUCAGAGGCGGUUCUUGAUCACCGAUCUGCGGCUACAUUUGAACAACGUGCGGGCCGUUGUGCCUCUUUUCACACGAGACCUAUCCUACAUCAACAACGCCUUAAUACGCCCCAUCGUCGCAUACAUCAAUUCCCGGCGAACCUUCAUUCCAGUCAACUGUCGCCUCGUCAAGCGCCUUGGCGAUUUCGAUGGCAGCUGGACCACCUUCGACAGCGGCUUGAUGGAUGACCUUUCGGCGGCGGUAUACGAUGCGUUUGCUCGAGACGUGGUGGACGAGCAGGCACGCAAGCGACGGUUCAAGAAGGUUGGUUUCUGGUCUCUUCAGCUCGCAGCCCAGGCGAUCUUCAUGGGAAUGGCUGGCAACAUCGCAUGAUUCUGUACAUUUUUCCCGGUUUAAUGAUUGAAAUAGCCACGGGGAU